AUGACCUUACACGAAGUUCGAUUGUUUCACUCCCCAGGGUCCUGCAGUACAGCUGCCCAUAUUCUGUUGAAAGAGUCCGGACUUCCUUUCUCGACUGAGGUUAUCAAUGUCAUGCAAGGCUUCCCCGCUGAGUUUCUCCACCUCAAUCCAAAAGGCCGAAUACCUUUCCUGCAUAUGGAUGGCGAAACAAUCACCGAGAUGCCAGCCAUCAUGACCGCCAUCGCGCAACUGGUUCCCGACAAGAAGUUCCUUGGAAGCACGAAUCUUGAUAUCGUGCGCUCUUACGAAUGGUUCAACUUUCUUGCCGGAGAUUUGCAUGCGCAGGGCUACUUCACCUUCUUCCGUCCUCACUAUUUCAUUGACGACGAGACUGCAUACGGCGAGAUACGUAAGAAGGGCCGAGGAAAGAUUGAGAGGUGUUAUACCAUCAUCGAGGAAAAGCUCAAGGGCGUGCAUGCAGUGGGAAAUGCGUUUUCGGCUGUGGAUGCAUAUCUUCUGCCAUUCUAUCGCUGGGGUAGUGCGAAUGGGUUUGCGAUGAAGGAGAAGUACACGAAGUACACGGCGCUGGUGGAGAACCUCGCUGCCAUGGAAAGUGUGAAGGCGGUUUGCAAAGCUGAAGGUAUCGAUCCGAUGCUUGGGGAACGACACUAG